UGGGACCAGCCAUUCGCUCUGUCUUCCUCCUUUGGUCACUUGUCAAAAUAGAUGACAUUUUUGCAAUACCCAUCACCGAUCGAAACCACAUCAUUUUCAGGAAAUCACAGUAAGUCUCACCAGCUCUCCCUGUUCCGUCGUCUUCUCAGCUUUGUAUGGAGAAAUCGAACCUUCGCAUCGAUCCUAAGAGCGGUUUCUGCUCGGCUACCAAGACCUUCCAAAGCCUCAAACCCACCGUUGAGCUCCCACCUCAACAUCUCCUUCUCUCCGCCGAUGCAUAUGCUUUUUCUCUCCGAUCCGGUUUGGGCUGCCCUGACUCGGCCGCUCUCAUCAACUCAACCACCGGUCACCGCCUCUUAUAUUCUGAAUUCGCCCUCCGCUCCAAGACCUUGGCCGCUUAUCUCCAAACAGUAAUCGGGCUCUCCAAAGGCGAUACUGCGUUUGUACUCUCUUCCAAUCUCAUUCAGGUUCCGAUUCUAUACUUCUCUCUGCUCUCACUCGGCGUAAUCAUCUCUCCUGCCAAUCCAAUCAACACCCAAUCCGAAAUUUCCCGUCAAAUAGAGCUGUGCAAGCCCGUGAUUGCCUUUUCCAUCUCAACUGCUGCUCACAAGCUUCCCAGCCUCCAUCACAGAACCGUUAUCAUCGACUCGUUAGAGUUCGACUCAAUGAUGACGGGUCCAAUCCGUGAACUCGUCCGCGUGGAGGUGAGUCAAUCAGAUCUGGCGGCGAUAAUGUAUUCGUCGGGGACGACCGGGAGAGUCAAGGGAGUGAUGUUGACUCACCGGAAUCUGAUUGCGAUGACCGCGAGCCUCCACGAGGGGCGAUCUGUGAGGAGUUCGCCGGAUGUACUGUUAUACACAGUACCCUUUUUUCACAUGAUUGGCUUUUUCUACUGUGUAAAGUCUGUGGCCUUGAACGAGACAGUGGUGGUGAUGGAAAGGUUUGACUUAAGAAGAAUGCUGACGUUGGUGGAGAAAUUUAAGGUGACUCACAUGGCGGUGGUUCCGCCGGUGUUGGUGGCGAUGGCCAAAGGAGAUGCAACGGACAACAACGACUUAACGUCGUUGGAGAGCGUGUCGUGCGGCGGAGCCCCGCUUGGGAAGGACUUGUGCCAAGCAUUCACUGCCAAGUUCCCCAAUGUUGCGAUACGGCAGGGUUAUGGGCUGACUGAAUCAUCGGGGGCAGUUUCCCGACUACUGGAUCCUGAAGAAUGUCGUCAUUGGGGCUCAGUAGGAAGGCUUACAGGGGUUUUUGAAGCAAAAAUCGUGGACCCAGACACAGGCCUUGCGCUGCCUCCCUGCAAACAAGGAGAACUUUGGGUUAGAGGACCUGCAGUUAUGAAAGGCUAUGUUGGGGACCGAAAGGCAACUCGGGAAACUUUGGUUUCAGAUGGGUGGUUGAGGACAGGUGAUCUUUGUUACAUUGAUGGGGAAGGUUUCCUUUAUGUUGUAGAUAGACUCAAGGAACUUAUCAAAUACAAAGGAUACCAAGUUCCCCCUGCGGAGCUGGAACACUUGCUCCAAUCCCAUCCUGAGAUUGUUGAUGCUGCUGUGAUACCAUACCCUGAUGAAGAAGCUGGUGAAGUCCCCAUGGCCUAUGUAGUAAGACGGCCCCAGAGCAGCCUGAAUGAAGCACAAGUGAUGGAUUUUAUUGCAAAACAGGUUGCAGCAUACAAGAAAAUAAGACGCGUAUCGUUUGUGAGUUCCAUACCCAAGAGUCCGGCUGGGAAAAUACUGAGGAAGGAGUUGCGGAAGCUGGCUGACCCUGGGUCUCUGUCUAAAUUGUAACACCCUGUCAAGUAAUUGACUUUGCCAGGAUGUCAGCAUCAGGGGAAAGUACUCAGAAUGCAAAAUCUCAAUCCCCUUUAUCAGAAAAAUAAAUAAAUAAAUAAAUAAAUCUGAUGGAGUCUUUACUGGGUCGAAAA